AUGGAUAAACUAAGUAAAUCAGUUGAAGUUUUAAAAUUACUUUCAACAACAACGUCACAAACAUUAAUAAUCAAUGUGGAAAAAUUAUUUACAAAAUGUGAUGAAAAUGAUUAUGGUGUACGAUUGACUGCCGAAGAAAAUCUUAAUCACCUUAAUUUAAAAGAAGUAGAUUUAACAAGAAUUCAAGUUGAAUUGCAUGGAGUUAUAACACAUAAUCCUAAUGUUGAACCAACAGCUUUAAAAGUAAAUGUAAUAUAUCCGAAAAAGAUUCGAUCAUUUUUUGAACAUUUAUCAGCAGCAUUUUGCUCAAUUGCUGCUCAUUCAGAAGAUAUUGUUCAUAAAAAAUUAUUGGAAUAUUAUGAACUUAUUUGUCGUAUUCUUGGUCGAUUGAUUAAUGAUAAAGAAAUUAAAUCAAGUAAAAAGGAAAAUCUUUGUGAUCUAAGACAAGUGUUUUAA